AUGGGAGAGAGAGAGAGAGAGAGAGGAGGUGACGGUUGCUCGUUGCGUUUUCUCUAUAAAUACUCCCAUGAGUUGUCUUUUUUUUUUUGUUGUUGUUGUUUAUUCUUUGGGUUUGUAACAAAUGAAGAUAACACGCGGGGACGCAACGCUUUUAUGGCGCACGAGUCCGACUCUUAUCCGUCUUGUCUCGUGACGGACAUCUCGGUGCUUCUUGACGGGAGCAGAGCACGUGGCCAGUACGCGGCCGCCAUGGUAGCCAUGAAUCGGUACUACACCAUGCUGUACAAUAGCCUUCUUAGCCUUUCAUUUGGACUGGGUUUGAAGUUUGAUCCUUUUUUGGACGAUGAAUCGGCGGAGGACGACGAGGGGCCGUUGCUCCGCUGCUUGGGAAUGGGCAGCAUUUGUUCCCACGACGGCAACGCCGUUUUGCGUGUUCGCUACGAGGAGGAAUGCCGCCAACUGGAGGCCCAGCGGUCAUUCCUUGGCGCUGCUCUGGAAAAAAAACGGCUGGAGUGCGAGAAACUGCGCGCGCAGGGACGUGCGUUCCGCAUGGAGGUGGAACACAUGUUGCCGCUGACGCUGGCCGUCAAUCGAAAAGUGCGGCUCUCCGUUCCUUCUGAUGGCGAGACAUUACUUCUUUCCAUGCGUCCUGCGGAAAACCCGACAGCACCUCUGCCAGCGAAAUCAACAGCCGCAGCAUCCACGAACACGCCUCUUUUGACGAUGGCUGCGGCUAUAGCGGCUGUUGAGGACCAGAUACGUUUACAGGAGCAGGAGGUACUACGGAAUGGAAAGAGGUUUUCUAUCAAGGGGACGCGGCAUGUGGUUCUGCAGGCAUUGCGAGAAGAUCUCCAAGAUGCGCAGGAGGCACUGCAGCGAGAUGUGAUGUCCCUUGAAGCCGCAAAGAUUGACGCGUUGGAGGCAGACGAAGAAAAGUCGCGUCUCAUUCUAGAGCUUGAGAUGGUGACGUGGGCAAAAAACUGCGGAGAGAUUCUGUUCAAGGAGAUCUCUGAACGGAGUGCGGUGCUCACUCAGCGCGUCGCGAAGGUGCAGCGGAUGCACCAAGCCCUGCAACGCGUACUAGCUGCGGGUGUGCAAGUCACGGGGUCGACCAGCCCCAGAACUGAUGUCAAACAUAAUGUUACAAAGAAGGAGGAGGAGGAGGAGGAGGAGGGUGAGGAAGAAGGAAGCAGUUUAGAAAACUUGCAGGACUCUGUUCGGCAGCUGUGCGCUGUUCAAGAGUCGUUGUUUGCCUUAAACAAUUGUGUGGUGAAUCUUCUUGAUGACGUGGAAGAGAUUGAAACAGUUUUGAAUGAGUUAAAAACUUGCUCGAAUGCGUUAUCGAGUUCUACUGGCACUCAUUUGAAGGUUCAAAAAUGGCGUAGCUGUAUUUUACAGGAGGCUUACAAUGACGCAGUGCUUGAACUUUUGUCUUGGCAAGCGCGUGAAAGAUUGACCGUUACUGCCGCAGCCAAGUUGCUAAGGCAAUUUAGGCGCCUCUGUAUUGUAAAUAACAUAUUCUCCACUCAUUUUGAAGCACUUGCGAGAGCUGUCAUGGAUUCCGGUACGCUAUGGCGGGAGGUGCACCAAAUGUUGCCUGCUGCACAGAUGGCUUUGUCAAUUGUGCGCAAUAGGAACUGCUAG